AGGUGAUGAUGAUGGUGCUGCAGUGGGCGGAGUCUCACGCUCCUGUUAAUAGGUUGAGGACCAUGUGAAACAAGGCUCAAACUCGCUUGACAGUUAACUUUUCCUCACGAGACGGAGAGCAGCAGCUCGCAGGAUCCAGGUGCCCCUAAAUCAAAACCGAGCGACAAUGCACCGCCAUUUCGCAAGCUGUCAAACUGCAGCCUGCAUCGACUCCCAAAGUUAACAAAGGAACAAUAAGCAGAUUUCUCCCACUGCAGCUUUUAACUGCUUUAUGCUGUAUAAAUGACAAUGUGCAAAUAUAUGUAUAUGAGGAUUACUUUAAGGUGAACAAAUUAGAUGCUAUUACAGGUUUAUCUGCACAUGCAUUUUAUACUUGGGGUCAUAGAAAAAUAAGUGCCAGAUAUUGUACGUUGACAAAGCCUUCCCUUCGUUGAAGACCUACAAAGCUGCUGAAACAUGGCCCCCGCCACCAUGGAAGUGUUAGACAUCUCCGUCGUAGUGAUGUACUUCAUCGUGGUGCUGGCGAUCGGUUUCAUCGCCAUGCGGAGAGCCAAUAAGAACACGGUGGGCGGAUACUUCCUGGCCGGUCGCUCUAUGAACUGGGCGGCCGUAGGAGCGUCGCUAUUCGUCAGCAACAUCGGGAGCGAGCAUUUUAUCGGACUAGCCGGGUCGGGGGCUGCUAGCGGUUUUGGCGUGGCAGCGUGGGAAAUAAACGCCCUGUUGCUGCUGCAGUUAUUAGGCUGGGUAUUUAUCCCCGUGUACAUUCAGUCCGGAGUCUACACCAUGCCGGAGUACCUGACAAAGCGAUUUGGCGGGAAACGGCUCAAGGUGUAUUUUGCCGUGCUGUCCCUCGUGCUGUACAUCUUCACCAAGGUGUCCGUGGAUCUGUACGCCGGGGCCUUGUUCAUCCAGGAGUCCUUAGGGUGGAACCUCUACCUGUCAAUCAUCCUCCUCAUCGCCAUGACAGCUCUACUGACGGUCACCGGAGGUCUGGUGGCUGUCAUCUACACGGACACCGUCCAGGCCUUCCUCAUGAUCGCCGGAGCGCUCUGCCUCACGAGCAUCAGCCUCUUCAAAGUGGGAGGACUAGAAGGUUUGAGGACCAAGUACAUGCAAGCUUCUCCAAACAUCACGGCCAUCUUGCUGUCUUCGCCAAACCUAACGUAUUCUGCCUCCUGCCACCUCCACCUUCACCCCAAACCAGACGCUCUGAAGAUGCUUCGAGGCCCGAGGGAUCCAGACCUGCCGUGGCCCGGUUUCCUCCUGGGCCAGACUCCUGCCUCCAUUUGGUACUGGUGUGCAGAUCAGGUGAUCGUUCAACGGGUUUUGGCAACGAAGAAUAUUGCCCACGCUAAAGGAGCCACGAUCAUGGCCGGCUUUCUGAAAAUCCUCCCCAUGUUCGUCAUCGUCAUCCCAGGGAUGAUCUCCAGGAUCUUCUUUGCGGAUCAGUUGGCGUGCAUCAGCCCGGAGCACUGCCUGGAGGUGUGCGGCUCUGCGAGCGGCUGCAGCAACGUAGCCUACCCCCGCCUCGUCAUGCUGGUGAUGCCCGUGGGACUGCGAGGCCUCAUGAUGGCCGUCAUGAUCGCCGCUCUGAUGAGCGACUUGGACUCCAUCUUCAACUCGGCCAGCACCAUAUUCGCCCUGGAUAUCUACAAGAUGAUGAGGAAGCAGGUGUCGUCCCGGGAGCUGGUGUUCGUCGGCAGGUUGUUCGUGGUUUUCAUGGUGGUCAUCAGCAUCGCCUGGGUGCCCGUGGUCAUCGAGAUGCAGGGAGGCCAGAUGUUCUACUACAUCCAGGAGGUGACAGACUACCUGACUCCUCCUAUCGCUGCUCUGUUCCUGCUGGCCGUCCUGUGGCAUCGCUGCAACGAGACGGGCGCCUUCUGGGGCAGCUUGGUGGGGUUCGUCCUUGGAUCGGUGCGUCUGAUUUUGGCAUUGGUUUACCGGGAGCCUCGCUGCGACCAGCCCGACGACCGGCCCUCCUUCAUCAAAGAUAUUCACUUCAUGUACGUGGCGGCCAUAUUGUUUUGGGUGUCAGCUCUUGUGACUGUCGUUGUGAGUCUGUGCACUCCUCCGCCGGAUCAAGAACAGAUCAGAACCACCACCCUGUGGGGGUUAAGGAGGAGGAAGAGACUGAGGGAGAAAGCGGGGGAAGAUAUGACUGCUUUGAAGCCUCUGAACCAUGCAAACGGUUUGACUGGGAGAGAAAAGAGUCCGGAUCAGCAAGACAACGUGAUCGAGGCAAAUCAUGAGGAAACUCAGCCAAGCAACGGUCACGCUGUCAUAGUCGGGGAUUUAGCUUCUGAUCCAUCAAUGGAAGAAGAGGGAGAAAGGAAGGGAGUGGGGGAGGAGGAUGGCUGUCUUGGAGGAGGAGUCGUGGAGGGAGGGAAAUGUUUGAAAGCUUUAGAGUUUGUCUGUGGUUUCAAGGAGAAGCCGUCCCAAGCUCGGGUCCUCAGCGCUGAGGAACAGGAGCAGAUCCUGGAGCAGCUUCUGCACGAACCUCGAAGAACCAAAAUCCUCCUGAACACGGCACUGCUGGCCAUUUGCUUUGUGGGCAUCUUUAUUUUCAUCUACUUCUCCUUAUAGGCUGGGACAUGUUGCUCCAUAAACUACAAGCAAUAAUGAACUAAAGGAGGGAAACUAUGCUGCAGUUUCUCUUCAACUGUAAUGAAAAAAGAGCAUUGGGAACAGGUUCAGUAAACGGCAAAAAUUUGAGCUACGACCCCAAAAAUAUUUUGGUUUUGAUCAGGCUCGGGAACCAAUUCCAAUAACCAACCAAUAAGAACUUUGUUGUAUUAUCAAAUGGAUUGUAUACACUAUAUUUGUCUAUUUGAUUAAGUGUCCACUUUAAUAUACUCGCAACAGAAGUGGAUGGAAAUACAAAUGAAUUCACAUUUUUAUAUUCUGCUCGUUGUGAAGGUUGUUCUUAACGCUAGAAGAUUCUCUUUCAAACACUGUAUCAUAGGUACCACUAAAUUAAAUAAUCCUCUUUUUAUAGGGGACUAUCGGGAGGUCUGUCGCAGUAUAGAGUUAAACAAAAAAGGCGUAUGGUGCAGUGGGUAGUGCGUUGGUGUUUGGAUCAGGGGGUCACAGGUUCAAACCCCACUGCAUGUCCUUGUGUCCCUGAGACACUUCACCCCAAAGUGCUCCUGUGGGGAUUGCCCACAGUAUUGAGUAUGUAAGACGCUGUGGAUAAAAGCGUCUAACAAGUGACAUGUAAUGUAAAAAAAGAAGAAGAUAUAAUUGUAUGAAUUAGUGGAGCAAGCACAAAGGUACAUUUUGCAGUUUUGCCGAGUGCAACUUAAAGUAUUUUUAUAUUUUGUUACUACAAAACGUCACUUCCUUUUGCUUUGUGGGAUGUCUGCGAACACUAGGAUUUAAAUGAUCCUUUGAUGUUUUAGAUGUUUCCUCUCAGUCUUAUACAUUUCAAUGCAGUGUUACUAUAACACCUUUGUGACACCUCUGUAAGACCAUGAGAGCUGCACAAGGAUGUGUUGGGAAGAAUAAGGACUUAAUUGUAAAUUGUCAUAUAUUUUUGUAAUAAUUGCUGAUGGCCAGCCUGAUUUCCAACACUUUUCUCUUCUCCUGUUUUAAUCCAGUAUUUUUUAAUGCAAAAUGACAUUUUGGACAAUUUCUAUGCAAGUUUAAGUACAAAUAACUUGAGGGGUAUUUCUAAACGUGGCUAUUGUAUAAAUGUUUCAUUGGCUGUUAAGGGCUUGUAAAUGUUCACUGUGAAAUUAAUUUUCUACAAUAUAAUCUUCCCAUAACUUUGCACAUACAGUAAUCCCUUCUGAACUCGAUACCUUCCCGCACUUCGCUCUAUGCAAAAAGAAACGCCUAAUUUAACUGGUUGUUCUGGUAUAAAUCUGGCAUUAGCCCUUCAUCAAACAAACACUGUAAACAUGACAAACUGUCACUUGGAAUAAUGUCAACCUCUACAGGAUGGAUUGGUUCACAGAGGAUACAUCCUAUUGCUUUUUGAGACCCUUUGAUUGGUCUUCAAUCAACACCAUUAGAUAGAUAUUUGUUUUUUUGAAAAUACCUCCGAUUAUUGGCUGGAUUUCCAGGACAUUUGGUGAUUUUAAUAUCUUCCAUUGGCUUUUUAUCAAGCGGGGAUAUGCUCAUUAUUUUUGUUGUCCAAUAGUUUUGUUUAUGACUAAUUACAUGCAAAGCUAAUGACCUUCCUACCAGCAUCAAAUGUACUCUUAGUGCUAAUUAGCAAACGUUAGCAUGAACCAAGAUGGUUGGAUCUGUAAACAUCAGCAUGUAAGCUUUAUCAUUGAGACCAUUAUGCCCCCACUUUGUAAUGCUGGCUUUCUCUUAUUAAACUUUUCCAAAAUGCAAA